AUGAUGCCAUGGGAGACAGGGGACGCCAAGGCCAUUUCUGCAGUGAACCUCCGAGACACAGGACUGCUACUUUUCCAUCCUGGGUGUGGGCUGUCAGGCCCUAGAAUUCUGGGUACUGUAGUUGAAGGUGCACACCAAGUCUGGGUUUGGUUGCCCCGUGGAAGAUUCUACGGCCUCUGGCGGCAAUGCAAGGAGGCAGUAACAUUUGAGGAUGUAACUGUGAACUUCACCAAGGAGGAGUGGGCUGUGCUGAAUCCAUCCCAGAAGAAGCUCUACAGAGAUGUGAUGUGGGAAACAUUUAUGAAUAUGACCGCUAUAGGAAGAACCUGGGAUAACCAGCAAUGUGAAGAGGAUUGCAAAGCUUUCUCAAGGAAUCUAAGUGAAAAAAUGUGCUAUAUAUUCAGCCAGAAAGAAGAGUGAAUGAUAGCAUAUCAUUUGUGCAAAA